AUGAGUGAGACCAUGGAGAAGCUGCUGGCUCGCAGAGAGCACGUGCCCAAAGUCUGCAUCAUCGACCUUGACAGAACGCUAUGGAACGUGUUUGCGGCGGAAGAGACCUUUCCACCAUACCGUCGAGUGGGAGAAUGCGAGGUAAAAGACAGCAAAGGGAGAUCCGUCUCGCUGCAUGCAGACACACCAGCGAUCUUGACGAGCUUGAAGGAGAAGGGAUGUCGAAUCGCUAUCGCGUCUUUGAGCCCCAACUUUGAGCUCUGCUGCAUGCUCCUUUCUGCGUUCGGCAUCCUGCGGCUGAUCGAGCGGAGCCUCAUCCAGAUCAAGAACGGGACGGGCAAGCUGGAGCACUUCCGAUCGAUCAAGAGCGCGAGCGGCUGCGCGUACCAGGAGAUGAUGUUCUUCGACGAUCUGCCAUCCAACGUGAAGCAAGCUCAGAAGUUGGGUAUCACCUCCGUGCUGGUCGGACGAGAAGGGCUCUCCAGCUCUACUCUCUGCAAGGGCCUCUCCCUCUUCGCUGAUUGCAAGCGGUCGACCAACGUGAUGAGCUCGUGGCUCGUGAGGGCAGCGGCGAGCAAGGAAGGAGGGGGGGGCGAGGGGGAGAGGGUGAAGCGAGCGAACGAGGGAGCUUGCAUGGAAGCGGGGAAUGCAAACAAAAGGAGAAGCUCUGAGGAGAAACGAGGCGAGAAGAGCGAAAACGAGGAGGCGAAAAGAAAUGAGGAGAGGAGAAACGAAGAGGGGAGAAGUGAAGAGAGAAGGGAUGAGACAAGUGGACAGGAGACAAGCGACGCAAGCAGAACAAAAGCGGAGGAGGGAGGAGAAGGCAGGGUUACGGUUAGGAAGAGAUACGAAGAGGACAUGUCGCCCUAUCCCCGAGAAGAGCAACACAGGCUUGGAGUUCCAAGUUUACGCGAGAAGAACGAUGAAUGA